CAACCGUCGUUGAUUCUUAUCCUCCCCCCGGUGCCACCAACACUGCUGUUGACACUUACUUCCCGGAUGCACCUCAAGUCGGUUAUGCAGGUCCAACGCCUACUGGUGCUGAACCUGCGGCAAUUGUCACUGCCAUCCCGUUCUCCAAGGUCGAAAACGUAUUUCCCUUGUCGAGGCCCAAUUCGGCAGACAGCGCAGACAUCACCUUCAAUGUGAUGCGUCACUGGGGCAACUUGGGGCCCAUGUACUCUGUGGAAUCGUUCGGUCUCCCUGGUGCAUCCCCUGUCAUCCCAGAAGGGUGCGGCAUCAACGCAGUACAUCUCUUGAUGCGCCAUGGCGCCCGUUAUCCAACCUCUGGUUCCGGAGUUUCUGACUUCGCCUCUGAUAUUCAUGCUGCUGCAUCGGACGAAGGCUUCAGUGUCACUGGUGAUUUGGAGUUCUUGGCAACCUGGACAUAUAAGUUGGGUGCGGAGAUCUUGACGCCUUUCGGACGCGACUCGCUCUUCAGCAACGGGGUUGCUUUCCGUUACAGAUAUGGCGAGUUGCUCAAUGCCUUUACGGAUCUCCCAGUAUUCCGUACUACUUCUGAAGAUCGCAUGGUGGAUUCUGCCCUGAACUUUGCUGCAGGCUUUUUUGGGCUCAGAACUUACGAGACUGACUAUCACCAAGAGAUCAUCAUUGAGGAGAACAACUUCAACAACACCCUAGCUCCUUAUGAUGUGUGCCCCAACUCCAAUACGGCGGAUAUCGGUAACUUCGGUGGCACUCAGGGUAAUAAAUGGGCGGAUAUCUAUCUCAAAGAUGCUCGGAAGCGCUUGCAACCAAUGAUCAAAGGAUUUAAUUUGACUAUCUCACGAUUGGUUGAUAUGCAGGAAAUGUGCGCGUAUGAGACCGUGGCCCUCGGUUACUCCAAGUUUUGCGAUCUCUUCACUGAGAAAGAAUGGGAAGGAUACGAGUAUUACGUCGAUCUUAAUUUCUGGUACAGCGAUGGGCCAGGCAAUCCAGCAGCAGCAGCGCAGGGCCUUGGCUAUGUUCAAGAACUAGUGUCACGUCUCACUCACACUCCCAUCAAUGUCUGGAACAGCAGCACCAACAGCACUCUUGACUCGAGCAACAUCACAUUCCCUCUUAAUCAACCUAUAUAUGUGGACGCUAGCCACGACACAGUCAUUUCCAGUAUCGUCACUGCCCUGAACUUCACUAGUCUAGCUGCAACUGGCCCUCUGCCAACCGACCAUAUACCCCAUCAUCGUUCUUAUAUUGUCAGCCAGAUCGCACCUUUUUCCAGUCAGCUUGUAGCACAGGUGCUCAGUUGCCCAGCCUCAGAGGAGCCAACCCAUAUCCGGUUCCUUCUGAAUGAUGGUGUGGUGCCGCUGACGGGCAUCCAUGGUUGCACGGAAGAUUCGAACGGUCUCUGCGCACUACCGAGCUUCAUCAGCGGGAUGCAUGAACGAAUUGGGGAGAUCGACUAUGCGCAUGAUUGCUUCGCCAAUUAUACCAUGCCUAAUCCCGACAACAUAAUUGAUGGAAGAUACCCUAGUUAAAAGGGUGAUUGGUUAUGCCACAGAACGUUAAUUAUGUCACGCGAUACCCAUGUGCAUGUCACCUCACGUGCUUAUUUCACAGCUGCCAUUUCAUGAUCAUCGAUCAACGAUCAGUGUAUCAACGUUCAACCGCGCACCAGGUAUAUACUCUUCAGCUUCAACCCUGUUAAUUUCCAAAACGUCACUGUUUUUUUAAUAACUUUCUUCGUUUAGAACUAUGUGGGCCCUUGCUGUUCGCUUUGCCGACCCUUAACAUUCUCACCAUAUAUUUUCCUUGAACAAUAAUUUUAUUAUUUGAAGGCUCUUGAAGGUUACCGCGGCGGAUUUCAACAGGAAACUUUGUUACUAUGAUCGAUCGACAGCACUCACGACAGCUCAUCAACCAUAGUUUGUCUCAUUUGGUUCCAAAUCAGGGAAUUUAAUUGCCAGAUCGGUGCAGCCCCUGAUGAGUAAAAACACACAAGUAA